AUGCAGGGCGACGACAAGGCCAUGGAUGAGCUGCAGCUCGCGGCGCUGCCGCCGCUGUCCCCGACGACGGAGCGCGCCUUCUCGGAGGCGCUGGAAGAUCUGUCCGAGCUGGACAAGUACGACGAGCCUUCCGUCGUCAAGCUCGAAGAGACUACCGCGACUCCGCAGCGCUUGCUGCAGAAGGUCCGCGACGCGGAGGCGACGAGUUUGAGGAUGGCCACGCCGCCGCCUUCGGCGCCGCGGAACCAGGACGACAUCGGCCGCAUGAGCCCCGUUAAUUCCUUGAUUGAUCUACCGUCUGAAGCUUUUCAGGACUCGGCGGAGGCCAAGCGAGCGAGACGCUCCGCUAUUGAGAAGAAGUCGAGACAGAGGAGGCAGGCGAUGCUCAAGCGGAUGAGAGAGGAGGUCAAGCAGCUCGAAAAUGUGUACACUGAAAUCGUCAAAAGGAAGCAGACGCAGUGCUGGGACUCUAGCUCUAAUGGUGAGCUGGCAGCGGUAUCGAUGGAAGAUCUGCAGAAGAAAUACUCAGAGCUGUCGCUGGUGGCCCACGCGUUGGAAGAGGAUCAGGCAGCGCUUCGAGAGGUGCUUCGCAGCCACGAAGAUUUCCAUGAGAGAUUGAGACGCUUGGCGGAAGAAAGAGAAGACGAAAACUCGCUGUGGGAUAGCGGCAUACCGCCGAGUUCGUCCUUCUCUGUGAAGUUCCGCCUGCAUUCCCCCGAGGAGUGUUAUGCUAUUGUUCGCGAGACCUACAAGGAAAUUGAGAGGUUUUGUGCAGCUGAUCACUUUGAAACAACGGGGGCAAGCUUCAUGGGGUGGACUGACAAACGGAAGGUUGAUCGCGAACUCCAAGUGCUCCAGUUCUGCUUUACCAAGCGAUUUCCGUUUGAAAGCGUAGAGAGUUUACUCGAGAAAACCUGGCAGAUUUUCUCCAAUGGCUCCAAGAUGGCGGAAAUGUCCUUCGACCGAUCUGUCCGCACACGUUUCGAGGUGCUUCAAGUAUUGAACGACAACUUGAUAAUUGUCCGGCGAGAUCACAAGAUCCCAAGCAUGCCCAUAUCGUUUGGCUCGGUCCAGAUUAUUUUCCGCCUCCGUACGCCAACGGGAUUUACAAUGUGCAGCCGCACUAUUCCAGUGCCUGAAAUUCAAGAGGCAAUGGAACCUCACGAAUACUUUUACGAUGCGCUUCAUUGGUACGUGAAGGUUAAGAGUCUCUGCUUUCUGAUCCACAGCGCUGAUAAUACUUAUCGGUGCCAUGAAAACCUUCAGGACGCGCUUUAA